AUGUCGAUAUUGAGAAAUGACUCACACUCUGUAAGAAUACUAGAAGAUUUACAAUCUCUACGCAAAAGUGAAGUUUUUUGUGAUAUUAGAUUUGAAGCAGAUGAUGAACCUCUUCUAAGCAAUAGUUCUAAAUGUUACAAUUAUAUAGUCGAAGCAUUUUGUUUUAAUCAUCAAAAGUCAGUUCAGCAUUUCACCAUUCCACAAACAAUUAGGUGCAAACCUAGACAGUUUGGUGGUUCUCAAAAAGUUUUUGUAAUAUUCAAUCAGUCUGAUACAUCACCAAAGUGUUAUACUGAAUGGUAUGACCCAGCAACCAAACUACGUGAGAAAGCACCAGGAAUAAAUGAAGGUCGGAUGGAUGCUGGUUUUGGUGUGAUAAAUGAUCAAUUUGUGUUUGCUGUGGGAGGUGUAAAUGGAUCGAGUUCUAAAUCUGUUAGUAUGCUUGACGUAUCUCUAAAAUCUCCAUCUUGGGUUCCAAUGGCCGACAUGGUAGUGGGUCGAGAACGAUUAGGAGUUGGCGUAUUGGAUGAUUGUAUCUAUGCAGUUGGUGGAGGAGAUCACAACAAUUCAUUAAAUAGUGUUGAGGUUUUUGAUGUCAGUAUUCAAAAAUGGAGAUUGGUAGCUAGUAUGUCCACUGAAAGAUGGGAUUUGGGUGUUGGUGUACUCAAUAAUUUAUUAUACGCGAUUGGAGGUGCUGGUAAUGGUCAUAGUUUGAGAUCUGUGGAAUAUUAUGAUCCCACACUUGACACAUGGACACCAGUUGCAGAUAUGUCUGCAUGUCGUCAAGGUGUUGGUGUAGGAGUCUUGGAUAAUCUUAUAUACGCUGUUGGUGGCUUUGAGAGUAAGGAUCUUAAAAGUGUUGAGGUUUAUAGACCGAGUGAUGGAGUUUGGUCGUCUGUAGCUGAUAUGGAAAUAUGCCGAUAUCGUCCUGGAGUUGCCUCAUUAAAUGGUUUAUUAUAUGUGAUGGGUGGAGAAUCUGAUGAAUCUAUCAAUGAUACUGUAGAAAUUUACAACCCCAACACCAAUACUUGGACCUUGGAGAGAUUGUCAAGAAAUGAAGUAAAAAUUUAUGGUGGAGUAGUUGUUGAUAGACCACAUCAUUAUCAUUAA